UCCUCUUGCUGGAUAUACUUUACUACUCAUCGGGUCAGCGCUGCCCCAGAGGAGAAGCAGAACAGAGCUGGAUUAAAACGGACGUUCCUCUUCGACCCAAAUGAAAGGAAGACGAACGUUCAUCGUUCUUUUCGUGGGGUUUAUUCUCACUGCGACAGGUGUGAGUGCCUGUCCCAUUGAGCUUAGCCCCCCCAGCGUCGUUGUGAAAUAUGGAGACCCGGUCUCCAUCAACUGCAGCACAUGGGACAGCAAUGUUACAGGAAUGGGCUGGGAGGCUUCACAAGGAGGCACCGAUGUGCAGGAGGUCCAGCAUCUGACCUGGACCGUGGACAGCCUGACGGACUGGGACACCGCUCCGUCCUGCUUCAUCAACCUCGAAAAUAGUUCAAUGGAGCAGUGUGAGAAAAAGCCAACGGUGGUCGUUUACACGUUCCCAGAGAGCAUCAGAAUCACCAGCAACUCCUCAAGGGAAGGAGCUUUGGUUUUCAGAGAACACGAGGAGAUGGAAAUGUUUUGUGACAUCGCGGAGGCGGCGCCUCUACAGAACCUCACCGUGAACUGGUACAAAGACGGCAAGCUGGUGUCCACGGCAAGCUCCGGCAGCUCAAGCAACAAACCAAGUGGCCUGAGGUCCCCCUACAGGCACUCGGCGACCAGACUCGAAAACAACAGCACGUGGAGGUGUGAAGCGCAUAUGGAUCUGAGACCAGAAGGACCAGAGCUCCGUGUGUCGUCAGAGGAGCAUAGAAUUGAAGUUCACUUUGGGCCAGAAGUGCAGUGUUUUGAAAUUGCCUGGCACAUAAUAUUACUGGAAGGGGAAAGUUUGGGGAGUAAAUGCCGCGUGGAAGGAUAUCCCACACCCACUGUGGAGUGGCAGAAAGAUGGUCAGACGGUAGAUCCAAGUGCUCCUCUGAGCAGGGGCCAGUCGGGAGACUACUAUGUUGUCGCUGAUGGCCUUAGAUACGUGAUCCCGGUCGUUGUGAUGAGUCAACCUGAGCUCACGUGUCCCAGUACUUAUACUACAGUGGAGCACGCGCCUAACGGCAUCAGCUGCACCGUUAAAGGCUACCCGGAGCCGCAGGUCACGUGGCUGAAGGACGGGGAGGAGGUGACGCUCCCAGAGACGCUGACAAGCAGCGACGCUGGACGCUACGUCAUCAUAGCGUCGAACCGGGUGUCCAGCGUCAACGUGACGCUGGACGUUUUUGUAAACUAUCCACCGUCACAGAUCGCUGAGCUCGAAGACGCCGAAGUUGGGCUCGGGGCCGAUGUGUCACUCAAAUGCUCCUCCGUGGGGAACCCGCGGCCCACGUAUCUCUGGAGCUACUUCCGGACGACCAACGUACAGGAGCAGAGCGAGGAUGGAGUGUCCCUUCUGUCGAUCCGCAACGCGACCGCGUACAACAGGGGCUCCUACACUUGUCACGCCUCCAAUGAGGUUGGGAAGGUGUCCAAGACCGUGACGCUAACUGUGAGAGGCGCGGCGGACGUAUGCCCUAUUAAAAUAUCUCCAGACGGGAUGGUGAUCCCAUACCAAGGCCCCAGCCAGCUUGUAAAGUGCUCCAUGGUGCCUCACGACCCCCGGAACAACUACAAAAUCUCCUGGGAGGAUGCGUCAGACAGAGCCGUCGGCGAAACGUGGCUGGUUAACACCUCUCAGGACUGGGACUUGAGACCUACUUGUACUAUAAAAGUAGCUGGAUUUGAAACCUGCCAAAAAACUUUAAACUACACUCUCUACAAAAUGCCCGACAGCGUGUUCGUCUCUGCAGACGGGAGCUCGGUGGUGGAGGGCAGACGCCUCCAGCUGCGGUGUCUCAUAGUCAAUGUUGCUCCUGCGCGAAGCCUCGUCGUGCGCUGGUAUCGAGGGAAUGACAUUUUUGAGCCACGCGUCGAAGGAUCGCUGGAAAUCCCGGACUGCCCGUUUGAGAGCAACGCGAGCUGCGACGUCAGCGCCAUCAGAUCUCCGGUGAACGUGUCGUCCACCAUUGAUGUCGUUCUGAACAGAGAGCACAGGAGUGUGCAGUUCAGAUGCGACGUGGAGCUGAACCUGGGGCCCAACGGACCAGAUCCUCCUCCCAACAUGACGUCCAGCCCACUCACCAUCACCGUUCUCUCUAAGCCCAUCAUCAACGCCACCAAGCUUCCAAAGACGGUGCCGGUGUUCAGAGGUUACCCCGAGGAGCUGGUUUGUGAAGCCGACGGCCACCCCCCACCGAGGAUCCAGUGGUCCUACAGGUCGACCACGGUGUCCAACAGCACGUUCACCGCGGUCGAAGCGGGCCUCUACAACUGCACCGCCACCAAUGAGGUGGACUCCAGCUUCUACGUGGUCGAGGUGGUUUUAAAAGAGGACUACCUGCCCCUGAUAGCCGGGUUCGUGGCCGUCACGGUCGUCGCCAUCUCCGUCGUCUUCCUCUUCAUUUACUCCAUCUACUACAAGAACACCAAGAUGCGCCGCUACAGCUUCAAGAACCCCAAGCUGGGCAACCACAACGGC